AGAUUCUUAUUAUUAUCAAGAUAUAAAAAUGAGGUUAACAAGUUAUGUAUUGAAAGCCAGGACACCACAAAGUGAUAAAGUGCCUCUUCAAGAAAUUUUACAAUUAAAAUUGAAAAAUAAAGUUUCUGGAAAAUACGAUCAGAAAAAUGAGGGGAGCUGUGUACACGAAGUACUAAAUCUUAUAGGCUGUCUAUCCGAUAAUCAAUAUGAAAAUCAUAAAUGUUCAGCAGAAGCAGAAAAAUUAGAUUUAUGUUAUACUCGCUAUAGAGCAUCAAAAGCUGAUUUAAAAUAUGCCAAACAAAAGGGUUUACUAAUGCCAGGACAAAAGAAAUUUACACACAUGCAGAUUAGAACAUUGUUAAAAAAGUAUCCAAUUUAAUAAAUUUAUAUUGAUAGAAAAAUAAAAGUAUUAUUAUAAAA